CUCAUUUGAAUCUUAAGCUCCCCAAGGAAUAGACCUUAGAGGGAAACAAAAGUUACUUAAAGAAACAGUCACACGCUCCAGCACAGGAGAUGGACUAGCCCUUCAGCCAGUGAUAUUUUGCCCUUUGUUCUACAAACAGUAAAGCACUCACUUUAGCACUGGAACCCAGCAACCAGGUUCCCAUGAAUACAAAAUGACUGCAUCAAAACAAGAAAGUGGCAGAGGUUUGCAACUUUAAAAGAAGUAGCCCUGUGUGGGCUUAGAAUAGCGAAAGUAUUUAAAGUUCUUAAGAGAUGGGUUUACAAAAAUGCAGAGGCUGUUUGAGUUGUCUGUUGAUACCUCUUGCACUUUGGAGUAUUGUUGUUAAUAUCCUGUUAUACUUCCCUAAUGGGAAAACUUCAUACGCCACCAGUAACCAGCUCACCAACUACGUGUGGUAUUUUGAAGGAAUAUGUUUCUCUGGUGUGAUGAUGCUUCUGUUAGCAGCACUUCUAAUAACAUUGGAGCGUGACACGUUCUAUCAAUGCUGCCAGAGCGAGAGCUGUAACAAAACAUACAGGAGUUUCAUUUCAGUUGUGUUAGCCCUGCUUGGAAUUGUUUUUUCUGGAUAUAGUGUCAUCAUCUCUACUUUGGGCUUAGUGCAAGGCCCAUUCUGCAAUACGCCAGCUGGCUGGGGUUAUAUCUUCAAAGACACUGCAGGGGGUUAUCUCACUGCGUACAGUUCCUGGUCUCAGUGCACUGAACCUGCGCACGUAGUGGAAUGGAACAUCAUUUUAUUCUCUAUUCUCAUAGCCCUUAGUGGACUCCAAGUGAUCAUCUGCUUUCUCAAAGCGAUGGCUGAAUUAAAACAGAUACUCUGUGGGACCUACUCUGUCUUUAUACAGCCGGGGAUUAUCUGAAUGUGGCAGAGAACGCUUCAUUUCCAGCGAGGCUUCGCUCCUCCAGUGUUUACUGUUCUACAUAGCAGAUCUGUGGGUGCCAUUAAAACUAAUUUUCCACUGAUUUCUUUUUCACACCCACUUCUUUCAUGAGAUGUACCUUUAGAUUCACUUAAAUGGUUUUUGAUAGCUAAAAAUGAAGCUCUCCCAUGUUUUCUUUAAAACAAGAGCCAUUUCUUAACCACAACUAAUCCUGAAAGACAAUGAUAACUGUGUCUCGUUUGCUUUGCCAUCCAUUUUGCGUUGUAUGAGCGCUAUGGAACUGCCUUCACAGAGAGAUCUCUGGUUUUCAAUAAAGAAACUGCUGUAAAGCUGCUAUGCUUUCAUAGA